CCUCCUCUUAAACCCGGGACCGCCGUCGUGCCUCCAGACCGUGUCCUUCAUCCGGAGCUCCGCCGCUUCCUCCCGCAGCGCCGCUGAACAGGGAACAAUGAAGACACUUCUGCCUGUGGUGAUCCUGCAGCUGCUGCUCGCUCCAGCUCUCAUGGCGCCUGGUGGGGACCACUGGGAUGCCUGGGGUCCUUAUGGGGAGUGCAGUCGCAGCUGUGGCGGUGGAGUGACCACGAGGAGCAGACGCUGCAUCACUCACAGAACAGAUGGAGGACACAACUGUGUGGGACCAGAGAAGUCCUCCCGUUCCUGUAACAUUCAGGAUUGUCCGGAGGGAUCGAGGGAUUUCCGUGAAGAGCAGUGUUCCCAGUUUGAUGGGACUGACUUCCAGGGAAAACGCUACAAGUGGCUGCCUUAUUAUGGAGCGGAGAAUCCCUGUGAGCUGAACUGCAUGCCGAGAGGAGAGAACUUCUUCUACCGACAUCGCAGUGCCGUGGUGGACGGGACGCCCUGCCACCCCGGGCGCAGGGACGUCUGUGUGGACGGAGUCUGCAAGCGUCUGGGCUGCGACAACAUGCUGGAGUCAGUCCAGCAGGACGACCCCUGUCUGCAGUGUGGGGGCAAUGGGCAAUCCUGCUACCGCGUCAAGAACUCCUUCGCUGUACGCGACCUGACGACUGGCUACAACCAGAUGUUCAUCAUCCCUGUUGGAGCCACCACCAUCAGCAUCAGGGAGACUGUGGCCACACGGAACUACCUUGCUAUCAAGAACCUUCGUGGGGAGUACUACCUCAAUGGCCACUGGGUGAUUGAGUUUUCCAGAGCGACGCCUGUUGCUGGCACUGUGCUGUACUACCAGCGAGGUGCAGAGGGGGACAACGUCCCUGAAAGCAUCAUCGGCCGAGGUCCCACGACCGAGCCACUGGUGGUUGAGCUCAUCAGCCAGGAGCCUAACCAGGGGGUGGAGUACGAAUUUUACCUUCCUAACGGACGAUCCAGAGAAGGGUACUACUGGAGCUUCGGGUCCUGGUCUGCUUGCAGUAGGGAAUGUGGAUCAGGCUACCAGUCCCGCUUAGUCUUCUGCACCAUUGACAACGAGGCCUAUCCCGAUUACCUCUGUGCGUCUCUGCCGAGGCCACAGGCCAACCGUACAUGUAACCCCCACCCAUGCCCCCAGGUCCGCAGCUGGAAAACUGGGGCGUGGAACCCCUGCUCGGUCACCUGUGGUGGCGGCUCUCAAGUGCGCAGCGUGCAGUGCAUCUCCCAUGAUGCCUCGGGACCCCGCGUGGUGGAGGACGCCGUUUGUGCUGCGUACGCCGAAGCCCCCCCCCCGCUGCAGACCUGCAACAUGCACGCCUGUGCAGAGUACCACGUGACCGCCUGGAGCGCCUGCUCGGUGACCUGUGGCCCCGGAGAACAGAGCAGAGACGUGACCUGCACGGGUUCAGGUGGGAGGAUGCUGGAGGAGGCGUCCUGCGGCGGCCUGCUCCGGCCCGCCGCUGUCCAGCCCUGUACGAUGGGCGCCUGCUCCAGACAGAUCAGCUGGCAUGUUGGAGAGUGGGGGCUGUGCUCCAGGAGCUGCAGCUCCGGCUCUCGAGAGCGUCAGGUGAUCUGCUCAGACAGCCAGAGGAACCUGCACCCCGUGGAGCAGUGUAAUGCUCACCCAAAGCCCUCUGCAGUGGAGCGCUGCAACAAUCAGCCGUGCUACAGCCCACAAGUUGUUCCCAGCGUCCAGGACCCACGUGGGCAUGAUAACUCGCAUACUGGCUUCCGGCCAUACCUUCCUCCUGGUGCUUUGCAGCAGUGAGUGUUUACUGUAGAGCUGAGGGAUCCAGCCCAGACCAACACAGUCCAGGACCCUCACGGCUCCGCCCCGGCUCUCCACUGUAGCCAGUCUCAUUAUGGCUGCUGCCCAGACGGCCACACUGCAGCAGGAGGGCCCCGAGGCUGGCUGCCCCAUGUUCCAGCUCCCACUGCCGUGCAGCCAUCCUGCGUCCAGACCAGUUAUGGCUGCUGCAGAGAUGGAUCGACUGCAGCUCAGGGGCCCAGCAGGGAGGGCUGUGAGGAAUAUGUGGCGCCAGCACCCACUGUUGCUCCCUCUCUCCCCACUGAGAAUGCUGUGCGGUGCCGGACCACCACCUAUGGCUGCUGCUAUGACCGCAGCACGCCUGCAGAGGGCCCCAGCGGAGAGGGGUGCCCCAGCCCACCCAACCACAUUCAGCAGUCCAUCUGCUCUCUGCCUCGAGCUGCCGGGUCCUGCAGCAGCUGGGUGUCACGCUACCACUUUGAUGUCAUUACAUCCAAGUGUGCACACUUCUGGUAUGGAGGUUGCCAUGGCAACAACAACAACUUCAUGACCAGGGCAGAGUGUCAGAGAGCAUGUCCCGUGGCUUCGCUUGGCCUGCCGGCGCCACCCAGAGGGCCCACAUCCACAAGAGUGACCACCCCGGCAAGGAACACUCCAGCUGGACGGGUGCCAUCAGGAGGAGGCUCCACAGCUGGAGGAUCCACUGCUGGAGGAUCCACUGCUGGAGGAUCCACUGCUGGAGGCUCCACAGCUGGAGGAUCCACUGCUGGAGGAUCCACUGCUGGAGGCUCCACAGAUGCAAGGUCACGUAAUAUGGGCAGGACUUUCACAGUCCAGGGUGGUUCGAGCAGCGGAGCAGGCAGACAGGCCACCAGUGCAGCUACACAUGCCCACAGAGGUAGAAUCUACCUGCGGCCACGCCGGCCGGCACCUGCCACUGCUGCACAGCAUUCUGGUCCAGCUGCAAGUUUGACGCUGGGAGGAGUGACCAUCGAUAAGACUGACCCCUCCUCGGUAGAGGCUUUGGUUGGCCAGACAGUGGUGCUGCCCUGCCGAGUCAGUCCUCCACCGUCCUCCACCAUUGUUGUGGAGUGGAGGAGAGAGGGAAUCCCUUUGUCCACACAUCGGCAUCACUACCAGCCCAAUGGCUCCCUGUUAGUCGGUCCUCUCACAAAGCUGGACUCUGGCUGGUUUCUGUGUGUUGCCACGCGUGAACAGGAGAGAGACCACCGCUACAUUUACCUGUCUGUCUCAGAGGGAUCGUCACAGCCAGGUCCUACAUCACUGCCUGGAGAUGGUCCUUUCCCAAGAUUCAGUAUUGAUCGGGCAAGCUCGUCUUUGGUGGAAAUGCGUGGAGGACAAACUGCCAGGCUGCCUUGCACUAUUGUCCCCCCUUCAGCUCUGCAGUCUGUCAGAAUCCAGUGGACGAAAGAUGGACAGGCUCUAAGAGACCCCAGGAUUACCCAUCAUUCUGAUGGCACUUUGAUUGUUGGCCCUUUGAAGUCUGAUGACUCUGGUGUCUACACAUGUUCAGCCUCCAGUCCUCAACAACUAGAGCAGAGACAGCUGCAGCUGCGAGUCCAAGAUUUGAAGAUCACAAGAGCCCCCAAUAACAUUCAAGUGUCUGAAGGCAGCACGGCUCUGCUCCCCUGUGUGGUGUCAGGAGACAACAUUAACAUCGGCUGGUCCAGAAAUGGUGUACUGGUUCGCCCGGACGGCCAUAACAUUCUCAAGUCAUCUGAUGGCAGCCUGAUCAUAAACAAUGUUAAACCUUCAGAUGAGGGCACGUACACCUGUAAUGCUUAUACAGGGAUCUACUCUGUGAGCGCCACGGCUGAAGUGAAGGUCAUCAAAGACGAAGCUUUUUAUCACCCAGACGGACUUCACCCGAGCACGCUGGGCAGCUCCAUUUUAGCAGGUGUUUAUAUGCCUCCAGAAUGUGUGGACCAAUCUGAACUUGCCAACUGCAAGCUGAUCGUUUAUGCUCGACUCUGCUCCAACCCGUACUACUCCAGCUUCUGCUGCGCCAGUUGUACUAUGCACUCACAGAGGAAUGACAAGCUCGGUUAGCUUGGCUAAAGACAAAGACAAUGGGCUGACUGAAAGUAUGUUUGUGGGGUAAGAUGGAAAAAGGCUUGCAAAUAUGACAGUUUUGAAAACAUAAACUUUCAACUUAGUUGCAUUUACCAAAAGUACUCGCAUCCCUCAGCAGGUUGUACAGAAAAAAUAAUGCAGUAAAAAAAAUAAAAAAGUAGCUGAAUGUUAUCAGUUAAAGGUGUUGAUUAGAGUUCAGUUAGACAGUUUUCAACAUUGCAAACUGAAUAUGAAAACUUUACAGAAAACUAAAAUGAGAUGUUGUACUCUGCCACGCCUUUUAAAAUAAGUUAUUCAUUGUCUGGACCACCAUGUUCUCUGUUUUUUAGAGACUCACGAUAAUUUACCUUUCAGGUUAUUGAAAGUUAUUCUGCAAUGUUUACUGUUGUUUAUUUCUUCUUUCUGUUCUGCUUGUUUCUGUAUCAUUUCAGGGAUUCUUAAGUGAACAUGUCCAUUAUUGCCACUUAAAAUUGUUUAUUUUUAUGGAAUUUUUUAUAUAAAAUUUUAUAUUUUGAUGAACAAAUGUUUAUUUCAAUGAUUUUAGAUUUACCAAUUGGCCACAGCAUGUUGCUCUACUCAAUGUCACACUUUUGUCUCUCCUUCCUGGUCUUUUUUUUCCACUGAGGGUGAAAGAGAUUGUCAUUAUCACAAUUAUUAUUCUGACUAAAGGAGACCGCCAUAUCAUACUGUUCAUACACAGUAAUUGCAAUGUCUUUACCAAGCGUGCAAAAUGUACUGUUAGAUGUCAAAAAGUUUGUCUUAAUAAAAAUAGUAAUAAAAACACGUCAUAAACACAACCAUUUCAUUAACCUGUCCGAUGUGUUCAAAAAAGAUGCUUGAUAUGGCAGAAAUCCACCCAAUCUGGCAACACAGAGCUGCUCCAGUCACAGAGCUGUUUUGAGCCAUUUUUGGUGUCAUUUGACUUUCCUGCAGUGACAAAGUUCAAAACCGUUCAUUUUUCUACUGUGUAUGACUACAUCAUGUUGCUUGUUCUGUAUUCUACCAGAAGAAGUAAAAAAAUAGAAUAUUAAGGCAAAAACAUGAAACAGGUUUUAAUUUGAAAUCACUUAUUUUGUAACAAGUAAUGUGUUUCCUUCCGGCACUGCGACUUGCUUCUGUCUGGAUUGACGCGGUAGGGGUCCGGCAUGCGGAAAAAUUGAAACCUUGUGGAAAGACCUCCGCAAGGGCUCCGGAGCUGGACCGGAGCCAGACCGCGGCUGGUGUGAACCACAUCAUUGAUUUUAAUGGGGUUUAAUGGGCUAACCUCUGUAAAAGUGUCUAGAGAUGACUAUGUUGUACUUGAUGCUAUAUAAAUAAAGCUGGAUUGAAUUUAAUU